AUGGCAUUCGCGAAGGAAGCAAGAGAUCUGCUCAUAGAGUGCUGCGUGGAGUUUAUCACGAUGCUGUCAUCUGAGGCCAACGACAUUGCGGAGAAGGAUGCGAAGAAGACAAUAGCUUGCGAGCAUAUCACAAAAGCGUUGCAGGAUCUUGGUUUUGGAGACUACGUGCCGGAGCUGCUGGCGGUUGCGGAUACUUUCAAGACUUCACAAGUGCAUCGCGAGAAAAAGCAAUCCAAGAUCGAACAAAGUGGCAUGACGAACGAAGAGCUCAUACGAGCUCAGGAGGAACUAUUCAAGUCUGCCGGGGAGAAGUACAAUGCCGCUUCUCCAACAGAGGGAUGA